CGGGCGGGGCGAAGGCCUCAGGUCGGGGGAACCAGAAUGGGCGGGGAGGGAACGGAGAUGGCCGAGCCCGGGGAAAGCAGCGAGGCUAGCGGCGAGGUUGGGGAGGAAGCCACGGUGCCAGCCCUCCAGUCCAAUGGAUACCUGGCCGGCAAAAAGCUGGACAACGGCGGCAGCUGCAUGCCUUUGGUGACCGAGAAGGAUGUGGCGGUUGGAAGAAACGCCAUUUCCUUUGCUGAUCUCGAGAAGUAUCCAGAAGCGGAGGCGAUGCUGUCUGACUGUACCGUGGGGGUGAAGCUGACCCCUCGCCUUUCCAAACGGAGGCUGGUGGUGUUGGCCGUGUUCAGCUGCUAUUCGCUAGUAAAUGCCUUCCAGUGGAUCCAGUACAGUAUAUUGACCAGCGUCUUCACUCGCUACUAUAAUGUGACUUCUUCUGAAAUUGACUGGCUCUCCAUAUCGUAUAUGGUGGCAUACGUGCCUCUCAUAUUUCCGGCCACUUGGUUGCUGGACAUCCGUGGCCUCCGUCUCACGGCCUUGCUGGGAUCUGGACUAAAUUGCCUGGGGGCCUGGAUUAAAUGUGCCAGCGUCCAGCCAAAUCUCUAUCUGGUCACUCUGCUGGCUCAGAUUGUGUGUUCUGUAGCCCAGGUCUUCAUUUUGGGCUUGCCCUCCCGCAUUGCUUCUGUUUGGUUUGGACCCAAGGAAGUGUCCACUGCUUGUGCUGUAGCUGUUUUGGGCAAUCAGCUAGGCACAGCAAUUGGCUUUUUAUUGCCUCCAGUUUUAGUUCCAAACACAUAUGAUGACCUGAAUCUUAUCGGACAUAAUAUCAGCAUAAUGUUCUAUGGCACAGCAGGAGUAUCUACUUUCCUGUUUUUAUUAACAGCGGUUGUGUUCAAGGAAAAACCCAAAUAUCCUCCAAGUCAGUCUCAGGCUGUUCUCCUGGAUCCAUCUCCAAAAGAUCACUCCUAUAAACAAUCAAUACUCAAUUUGUUCAGGAACGUUCCUUUUAUUCUUUUGCUGAUAAGCUAUGGAAUUAUGACUGGAGCCUUUUAUUCAGUGUCAACUCUACUAAACCAAAUGAUAUUAACUCACUAUGAGGGAGAAGAGAUAAAUGCAGGUAGGAUUGGCCUCACACUUGUGGUAGCUGGAAUGGUUGGCUCUAUUAUUUGUGGCUUAUGGCUGGAUUAUACCAAGACAUACAAACAGACCACACUAGUUGUAUACAUCCUCUCUUUUGUUGGGAUGGUCAUAUUUACAUUCACUUUGAACUGUGGAAACCUUCUAGUUGUAUUUGUGACAGGUGGAGUACUUGGUUUCUUUAUGACAGGUUAUCUGCCCCUUGGUUUUGAAUUUGCUGUGGAAAUUACAUACCCAGAAUCGGAAGGCACUUCAUCAGGGCUUUUGAAUGCUUCAGCACAGAUAUUUGGGAUCGUCUUUACGUUGAUCCAAGGAAAGCUUACAACAGUUUACAGUCCUCGUGCUGGAAAUAUUUUUCUCUUUGUGUGGAUGUUUAUAGGUAUCAUUUUAACAGCUUUAAUUAAAUCUGAUUUGCGAAGGCACAAUAUAAAUUCAGGGAUUGUAACUGUGGACAUUACAUCUAUACCCAUUGACAGUCCUAUUGAAGAUGAAAAUAAAACAUCAAAAAACAAGACAGAAUCAAACAUGAAAAAUGAAAAAACACUACAAUUGGCAGCUGUGUUAUAAUAAAAGAAACUUAAUGGACAAUCACAAGAACUAUGAGCCUAAAAAUUGUGCUGAAUGGCAGCAGUUAGCAGUGAUUGUACAACUAGAUAAAGAUUUGUAUGCACUUAAUGAACAUAUUUUCACUUUAAAAUUGUAAUUUUCAACAAUUGUUUUUUCAGUGAUAAAAUUCCCAGAAUAUUCCAUUUUUUAUUUGGAAGUUGUGCACUUUCAUAAAACAUAUUAUGCUGUAAGUGAUAAAUUAGAAUCUCUUUUUUCAAAAUCUGUGCCACUAGCUAAUCCACACUUGGAAUUCUCAUAUAGAAUGUGAGCUGUGAGUAGUUUGAUAUCAAUUAAAACUUGGUUUUUAUUUGAAAUAUUCAAAAUUGCCCUUCCUAUAGGAGGGCACUGUCUUUAGCACAAUAGACAGUAUAAGAAAUUCAUAUUUUUGGAUGCGUUAUACUGUAAAUCCUGGAUUUUGCCAUUUUUUUUGGCUUUGAAAGAACUGUGGCUUAUGAAAUCUUUUUGUUAUGAAAUACAAAUGAGUGAAUGGUAAGCUCCCAAUUUCCAAGAAGUAUUUUAUAUUCUAAGUUAUUGAAGACGAAGGCCUUCUGAAUUUUUGAUCACAGAACAAGAUAUUCAUGGUUCCUUAAUUUUUUUUACAUUCUGAAAAUGAACAUCUUUUUGUAUUACAUGAAUCACAAGAAAGUAUUGCCAUAUCAUACAGAGGCAUGUCAUAUGCAUGUUAUUGUGUUCUUUACAUCACUUUGUGAAUUUGUGAAAAGUAAAUGUAGAAGAAAACUUCUGGCAAAUAAAAUAUAAUAAAAUAAGACAGAGCUCACAAUGGACUCUAUACGAUUUCAUUAGUUAGGAAUGUGUGUAGAUUUAAAAUAACUCUACUACUUAACAAAAAGAUUUACAUGAUAUGGAAAAUUGACAUGUUUUCAGCCUAUUAGUUUGACAGAAAUAUGACAAUAUUUUGUGUACACUUAAGAAGAAUUACUGUAUGUUUCAUAAAUGUUUUCAUGUCCUUUGGCUUACCUGGAAGUAAAUCAAGAUAAACCUUCAGAUCUUUUUCACCUUUAGAAGAAGGGUGAAAGUAAAUGGCUUGCUGCUUUGCUGAGUCCUCUUGUCCUGAUGUUCUUAUUUUACAAAUGAGUAAGUAUGGUAAUAAGUCUUCAUUUUCACACAAGGAAUAAAUGUUGCUUCAAGGCUAACAUAGUAUACAUACAUCUGUGCCUAAUAAUUUAUGAGGAAAUCAAAUCACAUUUCUAUCCCAGUUAUCAGAAAAAAAACUAAGUCUACCUUUCUUUAAAGUUUAUAGGAUGUAAAGAUACUUAAAUUUUGCUAGAUCAUACCAAUAUUUGCAACAAUUAGUAUUUAUCAAAAUGGCCAACAUAUGAUGGCUUUAGAAGUAUUUACUGAAAUAACGGUGGCAUUAGAAGUUACUGUUCUUUUCUGCAUUCUUCUUUAGUGAGACAAUUGGAACAAUUAUCCCAAACUCCUAAAUAACUAUUUUGUUCAGCAAUCUGCUUUUUUUAUCUUUUUGAAUGUUGUAUUUAAAGAUAACAUUAUUUUAGGUAUUGAACAAAUGAAAUGUAUGAAGAGUACAU